AUGGUGAAACUGAAGAGGCUCACUCAUGUUCUGAGAAAGUUUAAUAAGUGGGAGAUUGGUGAUGUUGAACACAAGUUUCAGGUAGCUAAAGAGAGUUACAAUCAUGCUCAAUACCAGCUUCAGCAAGAUCCUCAUUCAGCUGAGUUUCAAGCUGAGGAACAGAAAGCUUUUGUUAAUUUGGUUCAGCAUUCCAGGUUCUAUGACAGUUACCUUAGACAAAGAAGCAAAGUCAACUGGCUCAAAUUUGGAGAUGAUAAUACAACAUAUUUUCAUGCUUGUUUGAAACAGAGAAAGGAGUCAAAUCGAAUAACCUCUUUUGUUACUGAUACUAGACAGAUCAUAGAGAAGUAUGAGGAUGUAGUGGCUCAUUUUUUACAUCAUUUUCGGAGUAUUUUGGGUAGUCAAAGUAAGACUUCGAGUCCUAUUCAAAAGGAGUGUUUUAUGCAUGGUAACAUCUUAUCUUUAGAGCAACAACUGGUUUUAAUAAAGCCAUUUUCUAAGAAGGAUGUUAAAAAUGCUAUGUUUAGUAUUGGUUCAAUUAAGAGUCCGGGUCCGGAUGGUUAUGGUUCGGGUUUUUUCAAAGCAGUGUGGAAUGAGAUUGGUGGUCAUAUUUUAGAUGCAAUUCUGGGAUUCUUUCAGCAGGGUUCGCUGCCUAAAGGCCUCAAUAAUGCUGUCACGCCCCGGCUGCCCCGGGACACGCGACGGUGA